GUCUGCCGAAACAGAGAGACCAGAAAGACAUUCAUAUUCUGCACAUACAGACUUGAUUUUCAGCCUUCGACAAAUUUUUACUCCUGAUUGAGGAUUAAGAUAAUCAGUUUUUUCUUGCCUGUGAUUGUCAAUCAACCACUAGGGAUGUUGUAAUUCAUCUUAGAGUUAUCAAAAUUCGUUUGGACAAUUGAAAACGUUACUUUUUAUAUCACGUUCUCUGUGAUGAUUACAUAUCAAGUGAUGUUACAUGUGUUGUAUGAGGUGCAGUGAGGAUGUGAGGCUUGCUGAACACGAUCGUCGUUUGUAGAGCCAAGAUAAAAAAAACUUUCAAUUACCUCAUAUUAGACAAAGGAUUUUGUAAUUACGAUCAAGUUUUGGAUUGAGCAAGUAUUCACCUAUAUUUACUUGCUGCCAUGUCGACAUUUGAGCCAACAGACAGGAACAGUUGGUAUUUCGGCCCUAUGUCCCGCCAAGAUGCAACGGAUCUUUUGAUGGCAGAGAGAGAAGGCGGAGUCUUCCUGGUACGGGACAGUACUACCAUCAUGGGCGACUAUGUUCUUUGCGUCAGAGAGGAUAGUAAAGUCAGCCAUUACAUCAUCAACAAGAUACAGCAAGGAGAUCAAACAAGAUACAGAAUCGGUGAUCAAAUGUUUCCCGAUUUGCCCGCCUUAUUGUCUUUUUAUCGACUCCACUACCUGGACACGACACCGCUCAUUCGGCCAGCACCCAAACGGGUUGAAAGAGUCGUGGCCAAAUAUGACUUUGACGGCAGCGAUGCGGAUGAUUUGCCUUUCCGCAAGGGUGAAAUAUUGACCGUCAUCAGCAAGGACGAAGAGCAAUGGUGGACGGCCAUGAAUAGCCUUGGACAAACGGGUUCGAUACCUGUUCCAUACGUUCAAAAGCAUGAUGGAACCGAUGGAUUAAUUGGAGAAACCAGCAACAGAAUCAGCAACAGUCCGACAACACCAAAUGCUGCCCCUCAACAACAGGACAAGACUAAACGGCCAGCCAACAUCCAACGCAAGUUGCCAGCUUACGCCAGAGUGAAACAGGCACGUGUACCUAACGCGUAUGAUAAAACGGCCCUACGUCUGGAGGUGGGCGACACUGUUAAAGUCACCAAAAUGCAUAUCAACGGCCAGUGGGAAGGCGAACUUAAUGGCAAGGUUGGCCAUUUCCCUUUUACCCACGUCGAGUUUAUCGAUUCGGAAAACGCUGACGAUGGGAUCGACAGCUGAAAAAUCGUUAAAGAGAAGUUUAGAUAAAAGAAGAAAGAAAAGAGAGAAAGAAAAAAAAAUGUGUUGCGUUAGCGCCGGUGCCUGACCCAUAUAAUCGCCCAUCCCCCAUGCGGUUGUAUUUUUUAAACUUAAAAUUUCAAUGAAAAAGAAAACGAGAAGGGGAGAACGACGUAUACGUAAGUUUCCUUUCUCGCUGACGACACAGUGACGCAGACACAACAAAUAAUUGCAAUCGAUAACAAACAAAAAUACCAUGAUUUUCACCCUCACCCACCACCUUUGCUUUCUUUUCAACUACCACUUCCUAUUUUCCCUUUUUUUUUUUUUUUUUUGUCGCCUAUCCUAAAUGUAAUGAGAAAAACUCGAGAAAAAAAAACAAAAAACAUUUGACGCACAGAAGAAACCAAUCCUGGAGCGAGUUUUUGUACAGCUGCUGUAAGAAUGAAAUUUAACUUUCUUGGCUACAUUUUUUCACCAUUUCCACCCUAUUACCUUAAAUUUCCCAUUUCCUAAUUAUCCAGUGCGCUUUAAUUUAUCAACAACUACAAAAAGCAGACGCUAUUACUGCUUCACACGCUUUGGAGAUUGAUGAACAUCUCUCCCCCGUGUCACCCUUUUUCUGUAUCCAUUGAGAUAAUUGUGUGCGUGAAUCCAUGUCCCUCCCACCUUUCCCUCACCUUAUAUAAUGUCUCGUAUGAAUCUGUCAAUCUGCUGGUUCAAGUAAAACAAAAAAGAAAACCUUAAAAAAAAA